ACGGGGCUAAACGAAGAAAAUAACUUUGUUUGGAACUAAACACAAAAAUAAAUUGUUUUAUAAUGGAAUAAAAAUAGGGACACACGUCCUAAUGCAAUAAUGAUUUUUACAUUAAAAGUUAUUUUUUUAUUAUUAGCUUGUUGUAUUUCAUUUAAUGUAUGCAAGAGCAUACCAAAUAAUGUAUGCACAUCAAAGGAAUGCAACGAGCUUUCUGCAACCAUAAAAGCAUCUCUUAAUGAAACCGAAGAGCCUUGCAAUGACUUUUAUAACUUUGCGUGCGGUGGAUGGAAAAAAAACCAUAAAAUACCAUCUAGUGAAAAUGAAAUUACUUCGUUUACAAUUCUAACAAAAGAAAUAGAAAAUGAAAUACAUAAGUUGCUCGAGGAGGAGCCAAAGAGUAACGAAAGCGAAGCUUUUAACAAGACACGUUUAUUUUAUAAAUCGUGCAUGGAUAACGAAACGUUAGAACGCUUAAAAGCAAAACCGGCACUAGAUUUUAUAUCUUCAAUAGGUGGUUGGUCAGUUUGCGAUAAUACCGAGUGGCAAGAAAAAUCUAAAGACUGGAACGUAUACGAUACUUUAAUUCACUUACAGAAAACAUUUUAUCCUGCACCGCCAUUUUUCUCAGUUGAGGUUACAAAUGAUCAUUUAAAUUCAACAAAGCAUCUUAUAAAGAUUGAUCAAUCAGGGCUAAGUCUUCAGAGAGAGAUUUACUUUAAGCACGCUAAUAUAACCGAUGACUAUGGUGAAUAUAUGGUUAAAAUAGCAAAACUUCUAGGGUACACAUGCAAUGAAAAAGAUCCAAAUAAAAACGUGACGAAACAGAUGCUUGAAGUACUCCGAUUCGAAAGAAAACUUGCUAAGCUGACUACUCCUGCAGAAGCAAAGCAGGCCGGUACGUUUAGAAGAAUCGAUUUGGCGAUCAUAAAAAAAAUUAUCCCACAAUUUGAUUGGACGAGACAUUUAAAAGGAAUAUUUCCCGCAGAUUUUAAUAUUCAAAAAGAUGAAGUGAUUCUGGCUACUUCGCCUUUAUACUUAUAUAAUGUUGCUAAUCUUAUAAGAAAAACAGACAAAAAAUUACUAUCAAGAUAUAUUGUUUGGCAAAUGCUUCGAGAUAAAAUUAGUUUUCUAUCAAGGGAUUUUCGAAAAGCGCGUGCUGAAUUUAAUAGAAAAAUGACUGGCGUAGAAGACAACGAACCACGUUGGAGAAUUUGUACCACCGUAACGAACGACAAUAUGGGUGUACCGAUUGGUACUCUGUAUGUUGAAAAAUACUUCAGUGAUAACACCAAAACUAAGACCGAUAUUAUGAUUAAAGAGAUUAUGCAGUCGUUUAAAAAAAGAAUUCAGGACCAUUCAUGGAUAGACAAUGUAACAAGAGAAGGGGUUGACCAAAAGGUAGAUGCUUUAGUGGCUAAAGUUGGAUAUGCAUCAUAUAUAAAAAAUCCAAAAGAACUAAAUAAACGGUUUCAAAACCUCACAAUAAAUGGUGAAACAUUUUUUGAUAACAAUUUGAGUGUAGACAAAUGGAUUCGUUACAGAUUAUUCAAUAAACUAAGAAAACCAGUUGAUAAAUCCAAGUGGCCAAUGUUUCCACAAACAAUUAAUGCUAUGUAUCAGUUUUAUGAAAAUGAAAUAGUUAUACCUGCUGGAAUAUUGCAACCACCAUUUUUUUAUACUGGCGAAGUACCCAGAUCACUUAGCUAUGGGGCUAUCGGUUCAAUUAUUGGUCACGAGCUUACACACGGAUUUGAUAACACAGGUCGUAAGUUUGAUAAAAACGGAGAUAUAGUGAAAGAAUGGUGGACUAGGGAGAGUUUAAGGGAAUUUAAUAAAAAAGCAAAUUGUAUUGAGAAGCAAUAUAGUCAAUAUAAAGUGCAAGACUUGUAUAGAAUAAGUGGUAGACUGACUCUUGGUGAAAAUAUUGCAGACAAUGGUGGAACAAAAAUCUCUUUUGGGGCAUACAAAGAAUUUUUAAAUGGGAGUACUGACGAUAUUUUACCAAACCUUCCGUACAAUAACGAGCAAUUAUUUUUUAUUGGAUAUGCACAGGAAUACUGUGCCAACGUCAGACCUAAAACAGAAUAUAUAGCAACGUUGAGCGAGAUUCAUUCUCCCUCAAAAUUCAGAGUGAUUGGAACGUUGUCAAACUUAGAAGAAUUUGCAGAAGCAUUUCAAUGCAGAAAAAAAGCCAAAGACGGCACUAGAAUGAAAAUGGAUCCUGAAACAAAAUGUGUUGUAUGGUAGAAGUGUUGUUUUACUAUACAAAUGUCUAACCACGUGGUUGUUAAUCACUAAUCAUAUAACUUAUAAAUAUUAGUAUAUACACACACCGUCAUAAUUAUUAUUAAACAAAAUUUUUUUAUAAAAUUUACUACAACUAUUUUGUAAAUAAAAUAUUUUAGAAUAAAGAGUUGAUGAAAACGGUUUAAUAGAAUAAUUGUUAACAAGUA